AUGGUAUCUUCUGAUCCCUACCAUAGGAGUGACCCCCAGAAGCCACUUCCAUGCUUUAUCUGCUGUAAAAAUAAAAGCACUCUACCUUUUUUUAAUUUAGGUUUCCACCUCACAGACACAGCUACCACCAGAAAGCCUGUCUUGAAUAAAGCUCCAGCCAUAACAGGAUACAAACUGAGCUUUAGAAUAGUCAAUGAAAACUUAACUAACCCAGACUCUCAGUCUCCAGAAUACAAAGCAGCACUGGAAAGCAUCAGUAAGAAGCUGAACCAAUUAUACCAUCAGAGCAACCUGCAAGACCAGUUCCUAAACUGCAGUAUCACAAGACUAAGGGCUGGAUCCAUAGUGGUUGACUGCAAUUGCUUCUUCCAGCAAGAGCCCAACAUCAACAGGGCUGUGGUUGAAAGGGCUUUUCAGAAUGGGACUUCAAAUACAACUGGACUGUGGUUGGGAAGCAGCUAUCAGUUGCAAGAAUUCUCAGUAGAUGGCUUGGAACUAGCAAUUGAAGCAGCAACUGACAAAACACCUCUCAAGUCUGAGAAAGAGAGCUUCAGAUUAAAAUUCAGAAUCACCAACCUUCCAUACUCCCCAGAACUGCAGGACUCCAGGUCACAGAUGUACCAAGAGAGCAAAGAGAAAAUUGAGAAAGAGCUCAAUGUAUUCAGAAGUAGUAGCAUGAAGGACUUCUUUGCUGGCUGUACCGUGGAGAGUUUUGGGCCAGUCCAUGGGAAACCUUACACAAGCAUCACCUCUGUCUGCAAAUUCACACGUGAUCCCUUCUCAAGGACUUUACAAAAGCAAGAGGUGAAUGAGGAGCUGCAGCGCUUGACAGAUGGGUUCACCAAGCUGGGCCCCACCUAUGAGCUGGAUGAGCAGAGUUUAGUGGUUGAAGAUUACUCUUCACUCACAACAGCAGAACAAGACUCCAAAAGAUCUGAGCUUCAGUUCUGGGCAAUAAUCCUCAUCUGCAUUUUUGCCCUGCUUGGGUUCAUUCUCCUGCUGUUGUUAUGCUUCCUGGUAAGUUGCCCUUUUGCUCUCAUACCUCACUUCUGGCUAUAACAGAGCCCAGAGAUCUGAGUUGCUGCAGGAGGGACUGUCAGACAGCCACAGGAAGCAUGGUGGGAGCACAAUCCCAACACGCACAGCCACAGCAAACCCCAUGCCAAAUCCUACUCCAGUUACUGCCUGGUUUCUCAAAUUUGUGCACACGAGCAUGGGGAAGGAUAUUUAUAGCUUGCUAGACAGAUGUCUAGGGAAGGAGGCAGU